CAAGCUGGUUCGGAGCAACCUGAGGGCGAGUAAACGAUGACAGAACUUUUAUUCGCGGGUUAACUAUUCCUUUAAAAGUCUGAACCACAGCUUUUCCAUAGCAGCAGGGCCGAGCCAGCUGCCAAUCAAAGUGACGUCAGUCUGGUUCGAGUCGCGCUGAUCGAGGCACAGCGCCGGUGCGCGCUCCGAGACCCCUGUUAACUGGGCGCACACGCAAGUGUCACCAUGAUCAGCCUUAUAUGGGGUGGAUCUUAAAUCAUAACUGCAAGAUGAAGACGUGAACAUACGGCACAUCCUUCUGAGCGCAGCAUCAUAGACUUCCCUCGCGACUCUGAACGCUCCGCGCUGCACAAUACUACACUACGGCGCGGCCAGACUGCCUACAGCUGCCAGGCGGCUAGGCGGAGGCUGGAAGGGGGAACACAUCUAUUUUCUGCUGAUAAUAAUAAGCAACAAAAUGAAGCGGAGAAAGAUGGUGGUGGCGGCGGGCUUCUGCCUCUCGUUCCUCAUGGGCACGCUGAUGAAUUUAUUGUUUAUACCGGGAUUUGAGCCCCACGGCGAGCGCGUCCAUCGCCACCAUCACGAGAACCGGCAGCAGCAGCCCGACGCGGACGCUCCCGCCCGGCUUCACGUCGACGAGCUGCCUCCCAUCGAAACGGCGACCGUCGGGCGACUCCCGGAGCUCCAGCGGCAAAUAAGCGAGCGCCUGGACGAGGUUCUGCGGUACCGGCAGAGACGGGCGCACUGGGUCGGCACCGGACCGCUGGAGCGCAGGCGACUCAUGGACCUGGAGCAACGCGGCGAGGGGGAAACAUACAAAGGAAUCGGGAAAAACAAUAAUUACGAUCAGUCUCAACCGACUGUAUCCAUAGCAACAAAAUCACACCGGGAGUUUACGCGCGAGUCGGUGCUCGGCUGCAGCAGUAUUGAUAACGUGACCAAUGUCCAGUAUCUGGGCUCGGGAUACACAAAGGCGGUGUAUAAGGCGACUCUGAACAGCAGCUUCUCCGUCGCGUUAAAAUCGGUGGAUUUUGGGGGUCACGAUAUGGAGAAUUGUGUGAAGAAAUAUGGGUCGUCUACAGACUGCUACAAACUCGCAUCCUUCAAAAUUGUCAAGGAAAUGACGCUGAUGGAGAGACUGCAGCACCCUAAUAUUCUCAAGCUGUACGGCUACUGCUACCAGGAUAACAACGAUAUAAAGGACACGGUGACGGCCAUCACGGAGCUGGGCAGCCCUCUGGAGAUGAUCCAGCUGCUGCAGACGCCCUGGGAGGAGAGAUUCAGGAUCUGUCUGAGUCUGAUGAGGCUGCUGCAGUAUUUGGCUCAUUCCCCGCUGGGGUCCGUCACCCUGCUGGACUUCAGGCCGCGGCAGUUCGUACUGGUUGGGGGAGUGUUGAAAGUGACCGACCUGGACGACGCCAGUGUUGAGGAGACGCCUUGCUCCCCAUCUUCUCCUUCAGACUGUCUCAUGGAGUUCCCCGCCCGCAACUUCACCCUCCCCUGCCACAAGGGCCGUUGUGAGGGUAUCAAUGAAAAGAGAAACAUCUACAAUGCUUACAGAUUUUUCUUCACCUACUUGUUACCUCACAGUGCUCCCUCAGCACUGAGACCCCUCCUGGACAAAAUCGUCAACUCUACAGGGGAGCUGAUAUGGGGCACAGACGAAACUCUGGUUCACCUCGAAAAAGUGCUGGAUAUCUACAGGAAUGGACAUUACCUCAAGAAUAACACACAGACACACAAAACAGAGUAUAAACGUGUGUUAGAUGCCUCGAUAGCAGCGGAAAACUACCGCUGCUGGCCGUCCUAUCAGCAUGAUGGAUGCCUGCUGUCAGUCUUCAGCAUCGAUGAAGCUAUUGACGUGUGUGAGAGCCAUGCCCAAUGCAGGGCUUUUAUUAUGACCAAUCAGAGCACAUGGACAGGUCAUCAGCUUGCGCUCUUCAAAACCGGUGCAGCCAGCAUGAAAGCGGCUCCAGGUAAACUUGCGUACAUACGAGUGGGGGCAGCUGAGAGCUGAGAAGAGAGAGCGCCGUACAGCGUUGGUCAGACAUCAUCAGUAUCUUCAGAUCGUCUCCCUCUGAAGACACUCAUGUGCUGUUCCCGAGGGCAUGCUGCUCUGGAUUCUGGAGGAUGGUCAAAAGAGAAAGCACCUUUCAGGAAGUCAGAACUUUCUCGCUCAGGCAGAGGUCAGCUGUCAGCUAUGUGCAAUACUGCCUCUUUGAACCUGGGAUUGGACUGUGAAUGUGUUUGUGUACCUGGCAGAGAUGCAGAGAGGCUGUUUGUGCUUGUCACGGCAACGUGUGUGUGUUUAAUGAGGUCUCCUGUCAAUAUCGCUUUCAUUCUUUCUUUCUUUCUCUCAAUCUGUCAUUGAUUCUCUUUCUGUUCUGCCCACACAGAAUCCUCCUUUAUUUGCUCUGAUAUUCAGCACUUUUUCAUCACGUGAAACAGGGUCUAUUUGUUAAGCUUUUAAAAGCAUUUGCUUUGAUUUUUGAGAUCUUUUUAAAUAUUUGCUAACGUAAAACAAAUUCAUCUGACAAUUGAUUCCAAAUGCUCACUUAGACCGGUCUAAACAAGUAAUUUAUUGGUUUAACGAAUGAAAAUGCCUCUUCCAAACUGUGAAAUCAUUUUUUAAAGAGUUUGCUGAAACACACAAACAGAUCAGCAGCAAAUCUGGAAAUUUAUAGUAAAAAUCAAAGUUUUUUUUUUGGUCUUGUCAUUAAAUCUUUUCAUGUUUGUUUUUAUUUUUUGUUAUGGCAAAAUGUAAUGACACAUUUGAGAGGUUAGUUGUGGUACGUCAUUGUUAGAUGGUGGUGGAUGGUGGUUAGUCAGCCAAUCCCCUUGUGGUGUGAUAAAGUUUCCCAAGGAAAUGUCAUGUCAAUCUAUUACUUGACUGGUGAAGGAGUUCAAGAGUUUUCUGCUUUCAGCGAAAGCACUGAGAUGUACAUGUACAUGUUUUCUAAUGAGUCUUAUGGUUGUGUUGUAUAUGAGAGUGAUAUUUUUAUAUUGAAAUAUA